AUGGCCGCCACCCGCGUCGCCCUUUCAUCUGCACUGAGGCGACCCGCUUGCCUGUCGCUCUCCGCACCUCUUCUGCGACAGCCUGCUCGUCUCCUCGCUACUCACGCUGCCAGCUCGUCAAAGAAGCCUUGUGCAGACUAUAUUUCGCUCUCUCACCCGGACGGUGACGCUCCUCGAGGCUCCAAGCUCGCAGACACGCUCGACCGUUUCUCCCACUCGGUCCUCGCCACCUACUCUCGUCCUCAACUCAUCUUCACCCGCGGUAACGGUCUCGACCUCUACGCUUCUGUUGACCCCAACACCAACGCUGGCUCCAGCGAACGCAAGUAUCUCGACUUCUCCUCUGGUAUCGCCGUCAACUCAUUGGGUCAUGCCGAUGCCAAGAUCGCCGAGAUCGCCGCUGACCAGAGCGCCAAGCUGGUUCACGCCAGUAACCUGUACCAUAACGAGUGGUCCGGCGAGCUUGCCGAUAAGAUGGUCACCUUGACCCACCAGCUCGGCGGCUUGGGCUUUGAGAAGGGCUCCAAGCCCCAACAGGGCGGCACCGCUGGCUUGAAGGUGUUCUUGGCCAACUCAGGCACCGAGGCCAACGAGGCUGCGCUCAAGUUCGCCAGGAAGGCGGCAAAGAGCCACCCGGCCAAAGGUGGUGCUCAGAAGACGGGCCUCGUCAGCUUCAAGAACGCAUUCCACGGCAGGACCAUGGGUGCGCUCGCAAUGACACCCAACCCCAAGUACCAGGCUCCCUUUGCUCCUCUGAUUGGCGACGUCCGCACGGGCACCUACAACGACGUGGCCGGCGUCGAGUCGCUCAUCGACGAGACCACCGCUGGUGUCAUUGUCGAGCCUGUCCAGGGAGAAGGUGGUAUCUUCCCAGCCUCGAUCGAGUUCCUCCAGGCACUCAGGAAGAGGUGUGACGAGGUUGGGGCCAUGCUCAUCUAUGACGAGAUCCAGUGUGGUCUCUUCCGUGCCGGCACGCUGUGGUGCCACAGCGACUACCCAACCUCUGCUCACCCGGAUAUGGUUACUAUGGCCAAGCCGCUUGCCAACGGCUUCCCCAUCGGUGCGGUGCUCAUGCGCGACCGUGUGGCCAACCUCAUCGCGGUGGGUGACCACGGGACCACGUUUGGCGGCGGACCGCUCACGAGUCGUAUUGCCCACCAUGUGCUCGGUCGCCUGUCGAGCAACGAGCUCGGCGCGUCGAUGAAGGAGGCUUCCGAAGCUCUGUUCGGCCGUCUCAACAACCUGGUCGCCAUGUUCCCGGACCUGCUGCUUAACGAUCCCGAGGCGGGCAAGCCGAGCCCUCGUGGCAAGGGCUUGAUUGUAGGUGUCAGCACCAAGGACCCCUCUCACGCCGGUAAGGUUGUGCAGCUUGCUCGUCAGCGUGGGCUGUUGAUCUUGACCGCUGGUUCAGACGCGAUCAGGAUGCUCCCAAGUCUGACGGUGACGCGGGAGCAGGUGGACAAGGCGGUGGACAUUAUCGAGUCGUGCUUGCUUGUCGUGCGCGACGAGGUGCAGCGUUCUGCGUCUGCCUCGGCUGCAGCGGGAGCUGGGGGCCCGCAGCAGCAGGUGCGCGCCUUUUCGUCGUCUGCGCGCUCCUCGGCUUCGGUAGCUGCGUCCAGCGAGCACGCCAGCGCAGACCAGAUCCAGACGCUUUACAAGCAGUUCAUCGAGCUCGCCCAGUCGUGGCCCAAGGACCCCCUGCGUCCUGAUAUUAACUUUGGCGCCAGCAUCGUCACGGCCGCACAAACCGCGCUGCUGUCUGUGCAGUCUCAGGCGGCGGUGCAUCCGGAACAGGUGCACGCGGCUCAGCCGGGCACCAAGACGCUCACGCUCGCCGAGCUGGAGUAUGCGCAGAAGAGCUUGCAGCUCUUGACGGAGCUCAAGGAGAACAAGGUCAAGAUGGAGUACGAAUUGCCAGAGGGGAUGCUGAAGCCGAAGAGUCAGCCCGAGUACUAUGAGCGCUUGGUGCGCGGGAUCGAGCGCGCUGUGGCGGGCAAGAGUGUGGCGCCGAGCUUUGGCGAGCGCGUUAAGAUGUUUUUCGGGCGAAAUUAG